GUCUGAAAUUUCUCCCUCAGUAACUUUUGUCAUUUCCUCGCGCUCAGUUUAGUUGAGAAUCCAAAUCCAGCGGAAUGGCGACCAAAAAACUUGGAAUGGACUUCGUGAAGCAGAUGUCCGAAUACGCCAGUGGUUCAAACGGGUUCGACAGGGUUUUAAGAAUGAUUAAAAUCACUGGUGGAGGUGAUGGUCGCGCUGUGGGAGAGUUCACUGUGGCCCAGGAGCACUUGAAUCGGCAGGGAACCCUGCAUGGUGGUCUAACGGCCACAAUUGUUGAUAAUUGUACCACGUACGCCCUUAUGUCGAAAGGAUCCCAUCCUGGAGUUACGGCUAACUUGAAUGUCAGCUAUAUCGCUGCUGCUAAACCUGGGGAAGUUAUUGAAAUUGAUUGCAAUACUGUAAGGGCCGGUAAGAAAAUGGCCUAUUUGGAUUGCCUUCUGAGGCGUAAAUCGGAUGGGAAGAUCAUUGCCAAGGGAGGACAAGUCAAGUACAUUCAAUUUGACAAGGAAAAGCUGGAUUUUUAGACCAACCUGUCGAACUUAAAGAAGAAUAAAUAAACUAUUUUAAAAUAUA